AUGUGUAUGCGCCUUGUGGGCAUGAUGGGCUAUCCUUCUGCAGGCCUGCCAGCUUGCAAGCUGCAGCUCCGGCAAGACUCGCAGAACCAGGACCUGUUCUUCUUUGAGCCCAUGGACACUGUCAGUGCUGCAGCUGCCACAAGUGCUGGCGUGAACAGCAUGUUCUUCCUGGACCCCAAGGGCAGGCAGAUAGCUGAGCUGAAGAAGUGGCUGGACCUUGCCGAGGAUGAGUACUGUAUGGGGAGACCCAUCCGGCCGCUGUUCAUCAACGGUCUGGUCAAGACUGGCAAGUCCUACAUGCUCAAGGAGGUUCUGCCUGCUGUGGCCAACACCUACUACAGCAGCGGCGGCAGUGGCCGGCAGCACGCUGGCACGGUGCUUUCAGAGCCCAACUUCCUGCGCGUGAACUGCUUGGGCUGUGAUCGCAGCAGAGGUGUCAGUGGCUUCCUUAAGGAAUUCCUCACUGUACUCAAGGAGAGUGCCGCCGACCAGCGGCUCUCUGCUGCCGCCAGCACGCCUGCACCCAGCGGCAACUCGGCUGUCACCGCAGCAGGUGCCAUUCGGAACUUCAUGCGGCGCCUGCCACGGGACCGCCUGAACUUCCUGCUGGUUGACGAGGCGCAGAGUUUUUACCUGCUUGAACGGGCCAUGCCCGGCAAAAAGUCGCCCGGCAAAAAGUCGCCCGGCAAAAGUCCGCGGCGAAAAGUCACUGUACGCGGCUCAACACUGGACGAGGAUGCAGUGCGGCACAUGCGGCGCAUCUUCAAGGGACUCCUGCUGGACAGCCCCCACUGGGUCGCCUGGGCCGUCACGGGCAGUUCCAUGGCGACGCUAUGGGCCAACGUUGCAGUCACCCCGACCAACGGUGUUGCCCUAAUCACGUACCACUCCCAACUCAACCUGAGCCCCAUGGUGUCCAAGGACGUGCUGCAAGUCGCCUGGGAGCAGCUAAAGGCCCAGGCCGCGAGCUGGGAUCCGCCACUGCCAAGCGACCUGCUCUGGCAGUCACCACAGCAGAUCGCCAUGCUUGCCUACUUGUGCCAGGAGUGGAGGGGGCGGUUAGGGACGGCUAUCACAGCUGCGGAGCUGGUCGAGCAAACCCUGAGAGGAAAGCUCAUUCCCGAGGUGCUGGCGGACAUGCGCAUGGUACUGCAAGUGCUGGGCCAGCCUACUUCACAGGUGCUGCUCCUGCGCGAGCUGGUGGACACAAUGGCUGGAGUGGAGCGCGCCAAGCUCCCGCUGGCGUUCGAGGCGCUGCUGGCCAACUUCACCACCGAGCGAAACGGCAGGCUGUAUCUGGAUAACCCGCUAUUUGCUCAGGUGCUGCAGGCGGCCACCACAGAAUCUGGAGAGUUGUUGGACUCAAUCACCUCCAUCCCAUCGCUCAGCUCCACAAUGUUCAGGGAGCUGGUUGUGCUCGGCGAGCGCUGCACGGACAAGGACUUCGACAGCUACGAGGACCUGCACAGCCUCCUGGAAGCCAUGGCAUCUGCGCUGGCGCUUACACCGGACGGGCUGCUGAAGGCGGACUGGUUCAUCCAGGUCCAGGACCACUGCAACAGCCUCGGCAGCAAGACCAAAUUUGAGCGGGACAACAGGGCUCAGACUGACAUCAAGGUUGGGCUUCGCUGGUUCCACCGGUUGCUGCACAACAUCCUGUGUCACGCCCCCAUCCUGGAUCAUCAGAAGUUCCUGGAUGCCUACCCGCCAGAGAUGGCUGCAUUUCAUCGCAGUGGUCGCAUCAGCAUGGUGCUGACCAAGACUUACGAAGUGAAGCCCAGCGGCGGCGGCAGCAGCAGCAGCAGCAGCCAGCAUCGCGGCAGCAGCGGCACCAGCGGUAAAGGGCGCAGUGUAACGGCUAUGGCUAACAAGUGCACACCUGUGCGCCCGGCCUCAGUGGCAGGCUGUGCACUCACGCUUUCCCCUAUCUGCAGCAAUAGGGCUGCGGCUACCCUG